AUGAGUCCUGAAAGAGAAGCUCAUGAGUCCGAGGACGUGUUAGAGUCUAUAGAUGAGUUAAAAGAGCGGCUAUCGUCAAUGAAACGUAUGAUGGAAGAGAGAAAGGCAGCAGGAUCUGGUACCAAGGAUCUUUUCCAAGGUCACGCCCAAAGUCUCCAAGGGACAACCAUGAUCGAUGGAAACUUUCUCAGUUUCGUCUUCGGAGGAUCCCUCGUUGUCAUCCUCAGUGUAUCAGUUUAUGCCUUCUACAACUUGUAUCAUGCUGUUUUAAAAAAAUUCCCAUCAACUCACACGGAGUUG